AUCAUCAUGAUGUUCAGUAGAUAUGUUGGGUGAAGGUAUAUGAUCAUGAGGACAGAGCCAUUUUAAAAUCGCUCAAUAGGGGGCGCGAUGGUGCCAAUGCUUGGACCCCUCCCAACGCCGCUUGCGGCUUUAAUUUCAAACUGCUUUCCUAACGGCUAUUUUGCAUACUGCGACUUGGGUUACAACAGUGAAUAUGUACGGAUUUCUAGACGUGCUGAUAGAGACCCUUUCUCAUAUUAACCUCAAAUACGCACGACAAGAUACUAGCAAAUUAGUCAAGUUCCAUUCAUUUAUAUGGGGUGGUCGAUACACGUCCCCUUAGCAAGAAAAAGCUGGCACUGGACCACCUCUGACUUAUUUGCCGGCACAGAAAAAAAUCGCGAAAGUACUGAAAAAAUAACCACAGGAGGAUAACAAGGACAUUUUUUCCUACAUAACUAGGUACAGGUUGUUACCGAUAUUUCGCCUAUUUCAUAUAUAGCUGCAAAUCAGUUUGAAACGCUUUCCUGUCUCUCGAACGAAGGUGGUCGAAUAGGUGCUCUCACUCUAGCACUGACUUCGUUUCAGCGGCGCCCGGAUCCAGCCAGACCAUCCACCAGGAUCAACGCUUGGCGCCAACGGCCUGAAGGGAGGUCCCACUGCGCUUUGAGGAGCUGACUUUCGAUCAGCUCCCUCAUUUCUGCAAGUUUUGGUCCCCCUGGGACGGACGAGCAACCGCUUAGCGCUGUACCUGUGCUUCUUUUCUUCCACCUACUUAGGUCCGGCCUGAGAGAGAGGGAGGAUGGCCACAGGAGUGCAGCCAGGAGUCCGACGCCACAACGCCGUCCGGAUGACACUCCAAAACAGCGGAGAAGGGGGCAGCGGUGCUAGUGGCCCCACCCAGGUGGCACAAGGGGCGAAGGGCGCAGCCGUAGGGGGCGCUGCUGAGCCAGCAGCUCCUGGGGGGGCAAGCAAUGCCACUGCCCCCAACGUCAACAGGAGAGUGAUAGGUUUGACCCUCCUAGAAUUUAGUGCUCCAGCGAGCUAUGGGCUUUGUGCCUGGCGACCUGAACUGCCUGGUGAAGGUUCCGGGUAACGCAGAUAUCUUUGAAAUAAGUUUUAGGACUGCAAACAUCCUGGAGAGGUUCUGUCACCUCUAUAGAGAGGGGAUGGGUAAGGCUCCCCUCAGCAAUUUCGAUGUAGAGCCCCUGUCCGACACGGAAAACAAGGUGGUCACUGUACAGUUCUAUAAUGAGGCUGUACAGGACCACGACGUGAGUAUGUGGUUGGGCAGGUAUGGUCUUGUUAAGUCCGAAGCCCGGAGAGUCCUUGAUGAGGACGGAGUCUGGACCGGAGCCAGGAAAUGGCUGGUCCAACUCAAACCUGACCCCUCUGCACCAGGGGGGGUAUGCCACAUCCCCAGCUCUAUCACGCUGGGGAGACAUAGGGGUGCGGUGUUCUAUUACGGCAUGCCCAAGCUGUGCAGGAACUGCGGCGAGUUAGGUCACUUAGCCGCGACCUGCACAGUGGUCAAGUGCAAGACGUGUGGUGGCGAGCACGAGACCAGGGCAUGCCGUGACCCAAAGCCCUGUAACCUCUGCGGAGCGAGGGGGCAUCUCUUUAGAGACUGCCCCCUCUCGUACGCGAACAGGGCUAGGAGCACCGUGCCCCCUCCACCAUCUGCUGCCCCCCCUCCGGCUCCACAGCCUCCCCCGCCUACCCCCAUGCCACGCACCAGACCACCCACUCCUACCCCUUCCCAGCCUGGAAGCCCACCCCCACAAGCACAGACCACAGCACAAGACCCUACCCUCGGUAUCACCACCCCUGGAACCCCCAACUCCACAGUGCCCCCUGCCGAACUAGGUCCCACCAACCCCGUCACUGUCAAGGAGGAGCCUGACUCCGACACCCCCAUUGUGGUGUUGGAGUCAGACUCCUCAACAUCUGAAUCUGAUUCCAUCACACCUUGGCAAAAAAUCAAAAAAAGAAAGGGCAAACGUAUCAGAUCCCCAACCUCAAUAAUACAAGAACCCCCCAUCCAACCUCCCAACCCAGCAAUAGUCCGCCAAAAAACGCACACAACAAAAACACCAAAACAGUUAUCCUCAAAACCGGAACAUAGACAACAACCUAUAGCCAGGCCUGAGCCCCCUCCCUGCCCUGCAAAACCAUCUACGCCACCGCUCAUACAUCACAGAGAAACACUACAGAAUACCAUCACUGCCCACGCUAGAAUCGUUAGGGACCAGCCAGCCUCCGGUCCAGACCCUGUUAAAGGGACUGGAGCAUCACCCUCCUCUCAGGGCCCUCCAGGGACUGGGGGGAAACCUGGGGCAAGAACACCUGCCCCCACCUCUCCAGGACGGAACCUCCCAGGCAGUCAGGAGGGGAGGCCUGGGAGUGCACAUGGUCUGGGGGUGAGUAGGCGCCUCAAUAAUCAGGACAUAGUAAAUCAAAAACUCAAUAAAAUCUGCAAAGACAUAGCAAACAGUAACAUUGGAUCAUAAAUCUUACAAAACAAUAAAAUUCAUGACACUCAUUAACAAUUUCAUCAUUAAACACACGCAGCAUCAAAGACCCUUCCAAACGCCACACAGUAUUCUCCAUUCUGUCUCAGGUUCCCUCAGACGUCAUCCUGCUCCAGGAAUGUUGGAUGGCGUUCUGGGGGAAGAAUGGAGAAUGGGAGACUCUCUCUGGUCUGGCUGCAACAUCGCCAGAGCUGAUGGGGUCGGCACGUUGGUGAAAAAUCCCUUUGUGCGAAUAAUAUCUAGCAACAUCGUAGAGAGUGGGUGAAUCCUUGUCACCGAUCUCGAGGUCGGGGGUUCCCCACUCAGGGUCAUCAAUGUGUACGGCCCCACCAGCGUGGCCGAGAGGGUCUCCCUCUUUACAAAAUUAUCACCACUUUUACAUUGCACAAUGCCGGUUGUCGUGGGGGGGGGAUUUCAACUGUGCUUUAACAGAUGAGGACCGCAGCAGACCCAGACGGGACCGUUCCAGUGACCUGCUGCGGUCCCUCAUAGAGGAUUUCUCCCUCCGCGACGCCGGGGGCGCCU